AUGACUCUUCUUCAACUGUCUCCACUGCAACUAUCUGUUUACUGGCGUUUGUCUCUCAUCAUCUUCUUUUCCUCCUUCCUCUUCUUUCUUGACAUCUUCACCAACCCCAUCAACCAAGAGAAAUGUGGCAGUCCAACCAACUUUUCAGAUCUCCAGGACUUCGACGGCACUCAUCAAGGCUGGAUGACCGAGGAUUCAGCAAACCAGUGUUCGAGCUGGUUGACCCAUGGUCAGAUGAUGUUCAUGGUGGGCCUCCUACUGGGGUCCUUGCUGUGUGGACCUUUCUCAGACAGAUAUGGGAGGCGCCCAGUGCUGCUGGUGUGUGUCGUCAUUCACGCUGUAUGUGGGGUCCUCCCUGCCAUCUUCCAUGACCCCCUUUUCUACCUGGCCGUCCGCUGCCUGACAGGCAUCUGCAGCUGCUGCAUCAACAUCAGCUGCUUCAGCCUGGCGGUGGAGUGGACCCUGGCUCCAAGUCGUCUCUGGCCACCAGCGUUCCUCCCCUUCUGCUUCAGUCUGGGGACGAUGGGGGGAUCCGCACUAGCCUGGACCAGUAACACUUGGACGCAGCUGCACCUAAUGAUGUCACUUCCUCAACUGAUCUGCCUGCCACUAUUCUUUUUUAUACCAGAGUCGCCUCGUUGGCUGAUGUUGUUCCAGAAGGCUGAUGAGUUGAAGCGUUACCGUGACAACAGUUUGGCUGAUAACAGAUGCCUUGACCUGCUGCUGGAAUCCAGCACCGAUCCCAAGUCGGCAACAGAGGCCACAACUGGUGACACGAUGCAGCUGAAACAUCCAAUGGUUCUGCUGCGGCUGUCCAUCAUGAGCUUCCUGAGCCUGGCGUCCUCCAUCACCUACAACGGCAUCAGCAUGAACGUGGGUUCCUUUGGUGUUGGAGUGUACUCUGCCCACUUCUUCUCAGGUCUGUCCGAGACCCCGUGUUUGCUGGUGCCAUUGCUGCACCUGGGCCGGCGGACCAACACCAUGUUGGCGCUUCUCCUGAGCGGCUGCGCCUCCUUUCUCUCGCUGCUGCUCUCCAGAUUCCAGGGAGGGGGAGUCCUGGUCAUGAGCCUGGCUCUCUUUGGGAAGUUGUGCGUGCUUGCCGCCAUCUUUGUCUCCAACGUCUACGGCAUUGAGCUCUUCCCCACUGUCAUAAGACAGCGCUGCCUCUCUGUGGUCAACCUGUCCUACAGGAUCGGCUGCCUGAUCAACUCUGCGGUGCCGGCCACUUCUGGUGGAGCCAUCUCCCUGGGCGCCAUGCUGCUGUACAGCAGUGGACCCAUCAUUGGCUGCGGCCUGUGCCUGCUGCUGCCUGAGACUGCUGGAGCUCCACUGCCAGACACCGUUGAGGACUGCAAGCAACAACGUCAACAACUUCCUCUGGUGGACACAAAUGACUCCAAACACUUGCAAAAACACAACGGUGGGAGUGAUUCUGGAAUCUGA